GGAAAUAUGAAUAGACUCAAAAAAAGAACACAAAAGAAAGCAAGAAUUAGGUUUAACUAAAAUUGAAACUGAUAUCCCAACACCGAAAACAGUAUCAUCAGAAGAUUACCUUCAACAUGUGUUAUAUAUGAUGGAGCAUAUGAGCCGCUUAUUUGAAUUUUAUGGGUUUAACACUGCAAGAUACGGAUGGAAAAACUACGUUGGCUCUCAAAUCGCUAUAGAAACAAGCGUCAAUAUUUUGUUAAAUGGAGGUAAUAAGUAUAACAAGGAUAGAAGAAAGAAUACGAAAAAAGCCAGAAGGGUUGAAGAUAAUCAAGAGGAACGAGCGGCUGCCAAUUCACAAUUGAAAAGGUGUAGGAAGAACAAAAGCUGUUUUGAAGAAGGCGAUCGCAAGAAAAUGCCUCUUGUAAUCUUUGGUGUUGGCCUUCAAAACAAGGAUCAUAUCAAAUUCAAAG